UGGCGGCGGCGGCGGCGAAUGGGGAGGAGGCGUUGAACGCUCCGCCGCGCUCUGGCUGUGCAUACAUGCCCGGGCAGACACUGAAGAGGAGGGGAUGUGACGAGCGCUUCGCUGUGCAUUAUGGGACUUCAUACACCUACUGCCUACUUGUUCCAGUUCACACAGCGACUGAGCAAAGAGGGGAGUGAGAGACACAGGGAGACAUAUUGCUGCUGCCGCCGCUGCUGUCAGUGGAAGCUACACUUUUCCAGCUUGUUGAGCCAGACCAGCAUCAAGGAAAAUGUCCAGCAGGGGUGGGAAGAAAAAAUCAACAAAGACCUCUCGCUCAGCAAAAGCCGGGGUCAUAUUCCCUGUUGGACGAAUGCUGCGUUAUAUUAAGAAAGGUCAUCCAAAGUACAGAAUUGGGGUCGGUGCUCCAGUGUAUAUGGCAGCUGUACUUGAAUAUCUGACUGCGGAAAUUCUUGAAUUGGCUGGAAAUGCAGCUCGGGACAACAAAAAGGGCCGUGUCACACCUAGACAUAUCCUGUUGGCUGUGGCAAAUGAUGAAGAAUUAAAUCAGCUGUUGAAAGGCGUCACCAUAGCCAGCGGUGGUGUAUUACCAAAUAUUCACCCAGAAUUGUUGGCAAAGAAGCGGGGAUCAAAAGGAAAACUGGAAGCAAUCAUCACUCCACCCCCAGCUAAAAAGGCAAAAUCUCCAUCACAGAAGAAAACCACAACAAAGAAAGCAGGUGGCAAAAAAGGAGCAAGGAAGUCUAAGAAACAGGGAGAAGUCAGCAAAUCAGCAAGUGCCGACAGCACAACAGAAGGCACCCCGACAGAUGGUUUCACUGUCCUGUCCACAAAAAGUCUAUUCCUUGGGCAGAAGCUGAACCUUAUUCACAGUGAAAUCAGUAAUUUAGCCGGCUUCGAAGUGGAGGCCAUUAUCAAUCCCACCAAUGCUGACAUUGACCUUAAAGAUGAUCUAGGGAACACUUUGGAGAAGAAAGGCGGGAGAGAAUUCCUGGAGGCCGUUGUUGAACUUCGCAAAAAGAAUGGGCCGUUGGACACAGCAGGAGCUGUCGUCAGUGCAGGCCAUGGCUUGCCUGCUAAGUUUGUGAUCCAUUGCAAUAGCCCCAGUUGGGGUUCAGACAAAUGUGAGGAGAUGCUGGAGAAGACAGUGAAGAACUGCUUAGCGCUAGCAGAUGAGAAGAAACUGAAAUCAAUUGCAUUUCCUUCCAUCGGAAGCGGCAGGAAUGGUUUCCCAAAACAGACUGCUGCCCAGCUCAUCCUGAAAGCCAUUUCCAGUUAUUUUGUGUCAACAAUGUCCUCUUCAAUCAAGACUGUGUACUUUGUGCUCUUUGACAGUGAGAGUAUAGGGAUCUAUGUGCAAGAAAUGGCCAAGUUAGAUGCCAACUAAGCCUAGAAAGCAAACAGUACCUGCCUUCUUGCCCCUUCCCCUCCAGUUCUUAAUUCCUCAUUGUGCGACAGAGCGGCCCUUAUUUUCAAUUUUCUCAUCUAAGGGGAAUAAAGGUGGGGCUUUUUUUGACUUUCUGAAAUGUUUUUAUGUUGGCACUGAUAGUUGGCAUUAUUGCUGUUAAUGCACUGUAUUCCAGGCAUUGUCUGAAUUUAGUGUAAUCUAGGAGAUUUUAUAGUUUUAUUUUAAUGAAUUAUGGAUUGAUGCGGAAGGUUGUUAGCAGUACAUAGUCUUUUAUUCGUGGAAGAAACCGGCAAACCCUAUUUUGUAGCUGUGUUGUGGUGCUUUUAUCAAGUGGCAUUCCUUUCUCGUUUUUUAAAGAAGAGAAAGAAAAUGAUGCUACACAUCUAAUUUGUGUUUAUGUCUUGUCCUAAUGAUGAAUUUGAGGAGAAAAGAACCUGUUACCCUUAAUUAUAUUUGCAAUUUGGGAUUUGUGUGAAUUUAUUUAGUAAAAUGUUUGAAAUGUUCUAGUUGGUGUGUUCUGAGUUAAUGGGUUGUAAACCUCUGGUAAAUAUGCACCAACAGCUUUUGGAUGUGAACUUGAAUGAACAAACAAUGCACUUGUCUUUCAAUAUAAAUAAUGGCUAAUCAAGUUCUCAUUGAUUCAGUUCUUAUGUGCAAAUGUGCAAAAACAUUUACACAGUUAUUCUGCAUUAAUUUUCAAUAGUAUACGGCACUUGUUCCAAAGGCUUUACUUUGUUUGGGUGGUCAGACAUUUUUGAGGUCUGACGUCACUGUUUUCCUUGCUGCAUUCCUGACUUCAGUUAUGCUUACAGUAAGGUCCACUGCAAUCACACAUGCAGCUGAUAGCAGGACAAUGUUAGGCUGGAAGUCCAUUAUUCAGAAAAAAAUUGCACACCAAAAUUUUAGCCAAUGGAUGCUGUUUGGUGGGGUUUUUUGCUCAUCAUACGCUUGUACUGGAAUGUUGUACAGUUUGAAAAGUCCGAGAAGGUAAUCAUUACCUUUUGUUUAUAAUAAUUUAAGCACAGAAUUUAAGAGUAAUUUAAGAAUUAAGAGCAUAAGAACUUCCCUGCCGGAUCAGACAAAUGGUGUAUUUAAUUGUGGGUUGAGGAACUUGCAGACCUCCACAUAUCGUUGGACUCUAGCUCUCAUUGUUCUUGACCACUAGACAUACUAGGUGCGGCUGAUGGAAGUUGGGAGUCCAACAACAUCUGGAGCCCCGCAGGUUCCCCAAACUUGACUAGUCCAACAUACUGCUUCCAUCAAUGGCCAACCAAAUGCUUCUGAAAAGCCUACAGCAGAGUUGAUGAAUUGGCUGUAGAGAACAGAUAAGAAUAUAAGAACUGACCUGCAGGAUCAAACCAAAGGUCCUCCAUCUAGUCCCGUAUUCAGCCUCCAAUUCCAACGGUAGCCAGUUGCGUCACAGAAGCUCUCAAGCAAGGCACAAUAGGAAGAGCCAUGCCCUGUUAUUUCCCCUCCCAGCAUCUGGUAAUUAGAGGCAUAAAGAAUAAAACUGUGAUGUGAAGCUG